GGUCGCAACAGGAAGCGCCGAGCUAAGUGACCUUCGUUCAAUCCACARUACCAUUCUUCUYUAUUCAGAGAUUCUAAAACUUUUAGAAGCGUUACCUGACGAAACUACCGCCAUUUCAUCUUUAUUAGUCGAUGAUUUUGAAGAGCUGCGCGGCCUUCAGGGCGAACUUGACCAAGCUGUAGGAGAAUUAACGUCAAAACACAGCGUAAUGGAAGGYUACUCUGACAUCGCGGACAGCAUUCGAGAUAAAAUCGCACAGAAUGARCAAGAUGUUGCUGUCCUGAGAGACUCUUAUCGUUCUGCUCUGGGAAUCCCUCGACUGGUUAUCAACAAUCACAGGUCAUUCAUUCGUGUUGUUGAAAUCCCAUCGAGUCAAGUAUCAAAACUCACUUCGAGAGAUGAUUUCGUUAAGGUCGACAACACAUCCGAUAAGACAAGAUACAGCACUCUUAGGCUACAAGAACUGAACGCUGAAUUAAAGAGUCUCCAAGAUGACCAUGAUCACGUACAAAGAGCGUUAUCUCAAGAGCUUUGUCAACAGGUAACCCAACAAGCAGAUCACAUUAAACGCGUCGCCAAAUCGCUGGCCGAACUUGACGUAGCGUCAUCGCUUGCUCUCCUUGCGAUAACUCGUGGAUAUACCAAACCAAAUAUGGUAGAAACCARCGAGUUUGACGUCAGAGGAGGUAGACAUCCAGUGGUAGACAUYCUUCAACCUGACAGCUUUGUUAACAAUGACUGUAUUUUGAAUGACAAGAACUUGUGGAUUGUUACAGGUCCUAAUAUGGGCGGAAAAAGUACUUUUCUACGRCAAAAUGCCUUGAUCUCCAUUCUUGCUCAAGCUGGCUCUUUUGUCCCUGCACAACAUGCCACUCUUGGUAUUGUUGACAGAGUCUUCGCUCGAAUCGGUGCCAGUGAUAAUCUCGUUCAGCACCAGUCCACGUUCAUGGCAGAAAUGMUUGAAACCGCUUAUAUACUAUCACACGCUACCCAGAAUUCCUUGGUUGUGAUAGACGAAAUUGGGCGUGGAACGUCAAUGUUGGACGGCCUAGCAAUCGCCUGGGCGGUCAUCGAGUAUAUUCACGAURUGAUUGGCUGCAGAACGCUUGCCUCAACUCAUUUCCACCAAUUAGCGCURUUGUCGUCCAGUCUACAACGAGUYGAUAGCUAUCACGUGACAGCCCAUCAUUCUAAUGAGCACGGAAUCAUUUUUACUUUUAAAGUUAAUAGUGGUAUGGACAGCAAGUCUUUCGGGAUCGAUGUUGCGCGACUUGCUGGGAUACCUAUGGCCGUGGAAACCCGGGCACGAGAACUUUUGGUCCCACUGGAAAAAAGAGCGAACUUUAUAUCCCCAACUUAAAACCUGGUAAGAAUUUGCGAGACACGCUAGCGUUAAUAAGAAAUAUUGCUAAUGACUGGGAUUCGAGUUCCAAGCUGAGCGCCGAGUGAUGUAGGACUAGACACUAAACUCCCUCAGUAUCUCAUCCUCUAAGGAUCUGGGAACGAGAUUUCACGUCGACAGGCAGCCCAACCAUAAAUUGAUGGCAKAUAUAUGGACUUUGUAGUUUAUUUACUGUGCAUGCGUAAAAACAAUGCACGUGUUCCCGGCAAAGGAGUUUUAUGCACAUGUUUUAUGCACAUGCCAAAGGACUGGACUCCAGACACUUGACCGUUAUAUUUUCUCUAUGUGAACCUUCUGACUCUACAGCGAACCAAGUCGAAAUUCCCACAGCUAUGUGUUGAGAACCAAACUCGGCUGUCAGUAUGUCCGUGCCUCAGUUCCGCUCAGCUUAGCUCACUGGUCUUUGGUAAGGGUAUAAUGUACAAAUGUGUUCAAAGCGGGGACAUGUUAUUUCACAUCUAUGUUCUAGGCAACUCGAGGUCAAACGGUAUCAUUUUGUGGGAAGAACAUGAGAAACAUGCAAGAAUGUAUCACUAAUACUACGUUUUGCGUUCAUUGAGUGUUUAAAUUGCGUUAAUCUAUAGGUUAUUGUACAUGUUUAUAAACAUAAUUCAGGUUUUUUGAUAUAAUUUUAUCAAACAUUUUAGACAAAUAAGUGGUAAAUGCUAUACAAUAAUAAUAGCCAUUAUUCGAAAACUCUCGUAACAAACGGGAGGACUCAUGUACAUGUAAAAAGUAAUAAAAAAAUAAGAAGUAAAUAUAAAUCUUUUAUGUAUAUAAUUUUGCUAUUGUAUAGAGUUAUAUGUAAAAAUUCUAACCGCCAACAUAUAUCAUUAUAUCGGGUGCAUUAUGGGUAAUAUGCUAUUUUCACUUUUUCCUUGCUAAAUAUCAUCCCAAUACUUUGAAAUCGUGUUGACUAAAGGUUGACAAAGCAUAAUCUGUAGUUUAAGGGUUUAAAUUUGAAAUAUUAACAACCCUAUAUAAAGUAAAAUUGUACUUAAAG